UCAAGUUUCAGUUUACAAUUUGCUUGUGCAGGAAUAUAUAUUAUCAGUGCCAUGGACGCUUAUUCAUCCCCUUCAUCUUCUACGGGACAGGAAAAAGUGGCGCAGCAUUUCCAUUCGUCACUUCAUUCAGUGCGUAGGCUGCCAAUGAAGCCAUGGAAGAAACCAAUAGCACCGAUGUCUCCUACACGACCCAGAGUGUACAAGGUAGAUGCUGUAAACUUCCGGAACUUGGUUCAGAAGCUGACUGGUGCACCGGAGUUCAGGCCUCAGCCUCAGCGUCUGCAUAGCAUGGCGCCUCCUCCUAAGGAUGCCUCGUCACCAUUGUUUGGGAGAGACGUUGCAGCAACGCCCUGACAGUUCUUUUCUUUCCCUUCAGAAAUGGAAUCCCAUAAGUUGUAAGAUAGAACGAUGGGGCUGAACUUGUCGCCAAGUUCUGAUGAUUGGUUUUUCCUUCCCUGUUUUAAAGUCCUAGAACACUUUCCAGCGUAGAGUAGAUCACUGUUCCUUAGCCCUGUUUUGAAGCAGCUAUCACCAUAUCACUUCUCUCGCCCAAUUUAAUUUGUUUCUUCUGAAGCUACACAAGCUACUUUCUUUUGUUGUUGCAAGUUAAAGAUCAAUGUACUGAUUUUUAAAUUUGCUCGGUGAUUUAUAUACUCUGUCAGAACAACCACUUCAUAGUUCAUACCAAUUAAUAUUUCAAAAUUGGAAUUUUAACUACUUUCCAAAAAAUUUGUUAAGUUUCUUGUGGCAUACAUCCCUCUUCCCCUUCCAUUUCGGUUUUAACAGUCUCGGACCAUUGAAUCAAAUGAAUUUGAUUGGAAGUCUGACAAUCUCAGACCUGGAGAAGUUUGAAGAAGUAUCAAGUGAUCAACUCAGACAAUGUUAGGAAAAUAUGAAGCGGUGUGUGGUAGAAUGCUAUUUUGGGAAGAAAAAUUCUAUUGAUUU